AAAGCACAACUACGUCAGUGUGUGUUGAGCAGCCACCGAGUGAAGGUCUGCGUGUCUGCCCUCCCAUUCCCCAUCCAGGCUCCUUCACGCGAGGAAGACACGAAUCGGCAGCUAAGUUUAACAGAAUAAACAAACUUAAUACAUAAAAAAAAUGGAGGGCUUCAAGCACAUUCCCGUCAAACUGGGAGACUUCAGCGUGAUCGACCAGGAAUUCAAUUCAAUUCGGGAGAAAUUCGACAGUGAAAUGAAGAAAAUGGAAGAUGAGAUGGCUCGCUUCCGCAAUGAAUUGAUGAAUCGGGAAUCGUCUCUCUUCCAGCGCUCAAUGCUCACUUCCUCCAGGUUGCCGCCCUUCAUGUCUAACCCGCUCGCGACUACCCAGAUGACCGGCCAGGUGGCACCCGCGCCCUCCAUGGCACCCCCUCAGCCCAGCACGAAUUACCAGCAGCAGGAAUCCAGCGCCAACCAGGGCACCGGCUCGUGGCUGGAGGGCAUGAACUCGCCUCUCAUCCAGCAAGAGGGUGACUGCAAACAACUCAAGCUAAGAUUUGACGUCAGCCAGUACAAGCCCGAGGAGAUUGUUGUCAAGACAGUUGAUAAUAAGCUUCUGGUCCAUGCCAAGCACGAGGAGAAGUCUGACAACCGCUCCGUCUACCGCGAGUACAACAGAGAGUUCCUGCUUCCCAAGGGCACCAACCCCGAGCUCAUCAAGUCCUCGCUCUCCAAAGACGGCGUCCUGACGGUGGAAGCUCCCCUGCCGGCCAUAGCUGGGAACGAAGAGAAGGUCAUCCCCAUCGCACAGAACUGAUUGACUGAUUGACUGUCGUUACGAAUUUUCGCCACAGUGUUGAAGGAAGGAAGCCACGUGUAAGAGGAUUGGAGGAAUCAUCUCGCCAGCAUCAGUGUUUUUUUAUAUAUAUAUAUAUCAGAUCGAUAGAGUAAAAUUUGUGUUAUUGUAUGAAGAAAGGGAAAGUAAAAGGAAAGUCUCUUUUUUUUAAUAAAUAAUAAAUGUGAUUUUUUUUCUUAUGUGUGAAACACCUUCAUUAUGCCUUUGAAAUUGCAUGGAAAAUAUUUUUGUUCUAAGGUGUUAUUUCAAAUAGAUUAAGAGAUAAAACCAAAUUAUGUCCAUGAUCAUAUGUUAAAUGUACAACUGCCAGUAAUUUAGACAAUAAGGUAAUAUGUUUGUUUUGAUAGGUAAUGCACCAUUUCCAAGGAUAUUAUAUGAUAUGAAAUCAUUCUUUGUUAAUUAAAAUUUUAGAUGUCUAUUAUUUGUUUUUCAAUAAAGAAGCCUGUUAUGUGCAUAACGUUAGCAAUUUUCCAGACAUUAAUAUAUAUUAAAGAAUUAGUUUUUAUCUUAGUGGUAUACUGGCUAAAAAAAAACAUUUUUAUGAUUGAGUUCAGCAAAAGAAUAUAGAUUUUUCUCUUUCAUACACAUCUCAGAUAGCAACAUUUGGUUUUCAGGCUUUGAAAACUUUCUCUGGAAAUUGUUUAUUUUUAAUACAAACUUAUACACAUAACUUUAACAAAUAAAAUGAAAGGAAUAUAA